GGCGACACUUCCGGUGCGGCCAACCGGAAGUGGCGGCGCUCCCGGGAAGGCGCCGCCGGUCCGGGGGGGGCAGGGCGGCGAUUUUGGGGGAAAUUCGGGGAUUUUUGGGAUCUCUGCGGCCCCUCCCCCCUCCAGGAGCUCCAAAUUCCCCAAAUUUGCCCCAAAAUUCCCGAGGGGGGAGGGGGAACCGCGGCGCCCCCUCCCCCGCUGAGCCCAGCCCCAUGUGAAGGAUGCUGAAGAAGAGCAGCCUGGCUCUGCUGGGUGCCGCGCUCUUCCUCGCCUGGAACGGGCUGCUGCUGCUGCUGCUGUGGGGCCGCCCGGCAGCGGCGCCCCGGCCGCCGUCUCCGCGCCGAGCUUCGCGCCUGCUGCGGCGCGCUGCUGCAGCUGGCGCAGGACGCGAGGCCGAGCUGCGGCUGCAGCGCGGACUCCUGCUGCAGAUCCAGCAGCUCAGCCGGCUGCAGCGCACAAAAAAACCCCGCCCGCCGGAGAGGGGAGGAGGAGGAGGAGGGAGGCGGCGGCCGGUGAUCCCGGUGCUGGUGCUGGCGUCGACGCACUUACGGUCGCGGCGCUGCCUGGAUAAGAUCCUGCGCUACCGCCCAGUGCGCUUCCGCGUGAUCGUGUCGCAGGACUGCGGCACCGCCGAGACGGCGGCCGUCAUCAGCGUCCUACGCGCCGCCGUGUCGCACAUCCGCCAGCCCGACCUCAGCGACGUGCCGGUGCCGCCGGAGCACCGCAAGUUCCAAGGGUAUUACAAAAUCUCCCGGCACUACCGCUGGGCGCUGGGGCAGGUGUUCCGCGCCUUCCGCUACCGGGCCGCCAUCGUGGUGGAGGACGACCUGGAGGUGGCGCCGGAUUUCUUCGAGUAUUUCCAGGCGGUGCUGCCGCUGCUGGAGCAGGAUCCCAGCCUGUGGUGCGCCUCGGCGUGGAACGACAACGGCAAGGAGGCCUUGGUGGACGCCGGGCGCGCCGAGCUGCUCUACAGAACCGAUUUCUUCCCCGGCUUGGGGUGGUUGUUGUUGGCCGAGCUCUGGGAUGAGCUGGAGCCCAAAUGGCCGCCGGCGUUUUGGGACGAUUGGAUGAGGCAGCCGGAGCAGCGGCGCGGCCGGGCCUGCGUCCGGCCCGAGGUGUCCAGGACGAUGACGUUCGGUAGGAAAGGCGUGAGCCACGGGCAGUUUUACGAUCAGUACUUAAAGUUCAUCAAACUCAACGACCGCUUCGUGCCUUUCACCCAAAUGGACCUUUCUUACCUCAAAAAGGACCGGUACGAAGGAUUCUUCCUCCAGCAGGUUUAUUCCGCCCCCGAAAUCCACCUGGAGGAGCUGCAGAAGGAUUCGGGGAGGGAUUCGGGCCCGGUCAGGCUCCAGUAUCGGGGCAGGGAUUCCUUCAAGGCUUUGGCCAAAGCUUUGGGGCUCAUGGACGACCUCAAAUCCGGCGUGCCCCGCGCCGGCUACCGCGGCGUCGUCAGCUUCGUGUGCCGCGGCCGCCGCGUCUUCCUGGCGCCGCCCUCGGACUGGACGGGCUACGACCCCUCCUGGAGCUGAGGGUGGGCGUUUCGGGUGCAUCUGUCCCUUUUUGGGUUGGAUUUGCCCCCCUUUUUGAGGGGGGGGUUUUGCAGAAUAAAAGGUGAGAAAUGUGGGGGUUCCGCCGUCGUCCCCCCCCCACCACCGUUUGCAUCACUGCCGUUUGCAUCGUUAAGUUUAACCGACGUUAAGUUUAAACCGUCCUUUAAGUGGUUUAAACCAUCCUUUAGGUGGUUUAAAAGUCCCUCUCGAGGGUAAAUUUGGUUUUUUUCCUGGGGUGGGUUUGGUGCUGGCGGACAUGGGCAAGGAUUUUCCAGAAUAAAAGUUAAAACGGAGGUGAAAAAACCUCCACGAUCCCAGGUUUGUUUUGCUGCCAUGUCCGUCUGAACUUCAUCCCAAAAAUUAAAGUCCCUUUUGGGCUUAAAUUUUGCCUUUUUGGAGCCAGGUAGUGAAAGUGGAAUAACUCCAAAGAAACCAACCGCAGGAUUUGUUGACAUCGCCAGGUGCCCAAAGCUGAUUAAAUUAACUCCAAUCCAGGUGGAAAUGCCCAGUG